GGCGCCGCGCGCUUGGAUACUAUGUGCUGCGCGAGAGGAAGUAGUUCUACCCGGUUUUUGCAUUUUUAUCGGGUAAAAUCAAAUUGAUAGCUCAAGACAUCACUUAAUUUAUGUUUAGUUAUAACUCUAGGAGAUUUUAGUAAUCUAUUUGAGGCGUAACUACGAUGCAAAAUGUUUCUGCGCAACGCGCACGGAUACAGGGUGUCGUCCUACUACAUAAGCCAAGAGCGGCCGCGACGCGACAGUCCGUGUCGUGCGCUGGCCCGUUGUGUUUGAGGAAUCGCGUAGUAUGCCUUGGAUAUCGCCGACUACGCCCGUUAGGAGUUAAAUACGUCGUUUUCCACAAGGAUUACCGAUAACCCCGACAGGAAUAAUCGGUGGAGCACUGAGGAGGUUAUGUGAAGUCGACGAUGUUGUCGACCUCUCCGUCCAAUUGGCCGACCAUCGCUGACUGUGCACCGAGCCCGCAUCAUACCCAGACAACGAUGGAAAUGGAAGACUUGGAGAAUAUGUCUGGCUUUUUCCUCGACGACUACUCGGCGCCAGGCUCGCCGUACAACCUGAUGGAAGAGUUCAGUUCCAUUCCGGCACCGAGCGACGACAUAUGGAAAAAGUUUGAACUUCUGCCCACUCCGCCGCGGUCUCCCGACCGGUCUGACGACAAGAUUUUCGACGACGUCUUCUACGACCAGGAAAUAGUGGACUUCGACGAAGACCUUUUGCUGUCGGACAUCAUCUUCGAGCACGAGGACAUCGUCGAUGAAAUCCUGCGCAGCGACGUCGAGUUGUUCAAGCCCCGAGACUCGCCCGUCGGAUGGUCCUCCAAGACCCAGACGGGCGAACUCUUGCACGACUGCAUGUGGGCCGGCGAGUGCGCGGUGAACUGUACGCAGAAGGCUGCCCGCGAGAAACAAGACUGUAACGGCGUCAUCGUGCUCAAGUCGACCUCUUCGUGCGAAAAAUGCGAGCCGUACGAGUGCAUGGGCGACGCCGUGGGUGUCGCCACGUCGCCGGACAACGUGCUACCGCGGACUGCUAGCCUCGAAGAGGACUGCGGAGGUGUGGAAGCUACCCGUUGUGUGGAUCCCAGCGCGGUGCUAGCCUACACGCCGCUCAGUGACCACUGCUACCACCAGCCAACGCUCUCCACAGACUCUUCUAUCAUCAAUGACGUGUGCCUGUCGUCUGCUGCCGCGUCCGCGCAGACUGCGCCGUCGUCAGCGACCGCGUCAUCAAAGUCGUCCGCUAGCUCACAGCCGAUUGUCUUAGUGCGAAGUCGUGGCGUCUGGAAGAGAGACCUCAACAAACGGGAAUACGUCAUGUCGGAUACGCCGUCAGAGUCCGACGAUGACGACGACGAAGAUGACGAGGAAGAAGACGACGAUGAUGAUGAUGACGAUGAUGAUGACGACGAAGAAGAGGACGAGGAGAUCGACGUGGUGACGGUGGCCGGCGAACGCCAGCAGCACCAGAACGGACACAGCCACCACCGCGCUGCGACCUCCCGGUCUGCCCGCGGCCACCACUAUCAUCCUCAGCAGGCGCAUCACCACCAGCGGCAUCACCAACAACACCACAGUCAGCAGAAUCACCAUCACCAACAACCGACGUCACCACCGGCGUCCCGGACGACGUCUAGCGGUCGGGUGGUGACGCCCUCGCAGAAGCUCUUGUCCAAUGGCUCCGCGUCACGGCGGAAACGUCAUCACCACGCGACCGGCUCGGUCAAGCGUCGCCGCGCAUCGAGACAGGCCGUGGCAGUCGUGCCCGUCCACCAGCCGCCAGCGAAGAGGUCGCGCCGCGGCGGAGAAGACCUCUACGCGUCGUCGUGUUCGUCGUCGGACAACCCCGAGGACCACGAGCGUCGCAAGGAGCACAACAGCAUGGAGCGGAAGCGACGGGACGACCUCCGGUCAGCGUUCCAGCACCUGCGACUCAUGGUACCGUCCCUGAGGGAUAACCCCAAGGCACCCAAGGUGAUGAUCCUCAACAGGGCGGCCGAUCACGCGCGAGAACUGACCAGUCAGAGUGCGAGCGUCGAGGACGCGCUCCGCAAGGAGGUGCACCGGCAACGCGCGCUCCGAAAGAGGCUGGCACAGCUUCAGCAGCGGAAUCGGAAGCAGCGCUGAACGGGACAUCCACCGCUCCUUCAGCUGCUGAUUUUGAAGCGACUCUAAUGCCGUUGCUGUCGAAAGACAGUGGACUAUGGAUGGAAUCGAAUGCGAUGAAGAAAAAAAGAAAUGGUGCAGUGAGAAGUUUUCAAGUUUGAACAAUGACUUAGGUGUUUUUCUUUUUAUAUACGUGCAACUGUUAGUUCUUUUUUCUUCUUUUAGUUUCGACGAAUGCUUUGGGGUUUUUAUAUUGAGCGAAGCGGUCUCGUGUCGUUUUUCGCUUCUGCGAUGCCUUUCACACAUUGCGAUCAACCAUCCCUACCUCUUGAUAUAUCUGUGCUGCGAAAAUCUGCAUAUUAAAAAAAAAAAAAACUUUUUUUUUUUCUUUUUUAAUUAACGGGGGUGGGUUGCUGGGGGGACAACCGAUUCGGGGUUGGGGACACGGCAGUGUCGGAGCAUUGUCAGAAGCAAAAGCUGAUAGCGACCUCUUCGAACCAGCUAGUCUUUGUUGUACGCGAAACCGUGAAGGAGUUGCACUGAUUUUGUCGUCGAAGGAGGCAUUACCGGGAAGUUUUCUAGCGCGCGUGAGAAGCAAAUGGGCAGGCGGAGAACGAAUUGCGGUCGAGUCACUGCGCGGUGCAUCCCACUGCGUGAAAGGUUUGUGUACCUGGAUUGUCGAAGCCUUCGCUGGAACGGUUCUGCCGUUGCCCUUUGUAGCCAUAUUUUUAGCCUUCCUCCCCCCACCCCAUGCUCCCACUUGUAAAGAAGAAACACUCUGGGACAAGUGUGUAAAUUUUUUUUUUUUUUUAUCUCUUUCGCGUCGUCGAUAUAGCAGCAUAGUGAAAUACAUACCAUAUUGCGACUGGAUAUAAGAGUCUUUUUAUUUUUCAUUGUGCGUGCAUACCAUAUCUCGUCGGUAUUUUUUUUUUUUUUUCUUGCGGAGCUCAAGGUUUUUCUGUUCUUGUCCGUGACCUAGGAUGCAACAAAUUUUCAAAGUUUGCCUGGCGUGUUGUUUGUUGGAAGUGUUGUACCGCUGUUUUCCCCUUCCUUAUGAAUCCCCCCUCUCACUCCUCUUUCCCCCUAUGCCGGCAGCUUCAAUGGGCAUUAUGGAUCUUCACCUCAGUUGUAGUUGCUUCGACUUCGGUGCUCUUGCCGCCGGGUGGGUCGCCACUAAUGUUAGAAUGGCUGAGUAUGCAGGGGGGCCGCAUGCCAAAGCGACGCUGCAGGCGGUGCCUGCGCGUCGCGUCGAGCUUGUAGUGGGUGCGAGGGAGCGCAGGGCUGUCCGUUGCACCGUUGCACCCCUCGGUGCUCGAAUAUUUGCUGCUCCCCGACUCUUCCGUCUGCACGGAGUAGCUUGGUUCGUUGUUGCCUCGAUACUCCUGUACCUUCGACAUCUGGCGGCGUUCGAGUCGUCCCUUUCACGUUUUGAGCCUGUUGCUUUCGUGCUGGCCUUUGCGAACGACGCUGUUCCUUCGCAAAGUUUGGAAAGAAAACUUGCGCUUCUUGCAAAGGGGUACUUGGUGAACUUUGAGCGCAAGAGUGGACCGGCGCAUUGCGUUUAGAGUAUCGCUUGCGGCCGACGGUUUGCUGUGUUUGGGACCUUUCUCGGAACAAGUUGCUUGCUUUUAUUUUUUCUCGAGUGAUCUAGUGAGGGCACAAUUUUUUUUCGUUUUAAAAUGGCUUGCUUCUUCUUUUUUUCAUCCUCCCCCUCCCCUCCCGUCCCCCUUGUGGUGGCGUUCGGUGGCGAUGUGGUCGCGUUCCACGGUUCGACAAUUUCCGUGUGGACGUUACUAUGGCAACAGCGUAAAGUUCCUAUGGCGUGGUGCGGUGUCUUGACUGCGCCGCUGCUUUCUUUACCUUUCCUAUCCCCGUUUUCCCUCCUCUUUCGCCGUCUCCAGUCUGUCCCGGAGGCUUUUGCUUUUUCACCAAGUGUUAACACACGCCAGACUUUGCUCCAGUUGUUAGGACUGCCACCCGUGUAGCGUUUCCGUAAUUUUAAUUUGUUUUGUGAUAUCCGGGGAUACAGGCGAUGAUCCCGCUUAGUGUUUUUUGCGUUUGUGUAGUGUGUGACUUGGUGCCUUGUUUUAGUGUGUGUGUGUGUCUGCGCGCGCACGCAAUGUAUUUUUAAGAACGCGAAGAGAGUUCUGAAGUUUGUUUCCCCCCUAGACUUGCCGCUGAUAGUUGCUUUGGAAUUUGCUCCUGGACGGAUUGAAGCUGGGGGGUAGGGCGGAAAGGUACCGCCCAGAAGCGUUGUUUUCGUGUUUUUAGUAGGUCAUCUGGAGUGUCCAGGGAACACAAGUUGUGUCUUUCCUUUUAAAUUCAAUCUUUUUUGCGCCAUUAUCGUGUUUUUUUUUUUUUUUUUUUUUUUUUUUUUUGUUUCUUGCAGAGUGCCGUAGCUCUGUCGAGUCCACCCUGGUUUUAAAAAAAUUAUGCGCCUCCAUUUUGUGUUACAUCUCUAAUUUGUCAACACUCUAGACUUUUUUUUUUUUUUGUCUGCAUGAAUUUUUUUGUGGCAUUUGAUGAAGGGGGUGUGUGCUUUGCCAACACCUGCUAGAUAGGCUGCAGUGCCUAAAAAGGCAAAUGCGGAGCACGGUGUGGACACAAGCAUUGCGUCAGUGUUGGGCUGGAACUGGUCCUCGAGUCUUUGGCCAACUACCGCCGACUUGCCACUGCUGUCAAAUCCCUACCCGUAUUUGUUGAAACUUCGGCACCAAUGGCCUCCUUAUCUAGAAAGUGUUGGCAUUGCUCGUUUUUUUUUUUUUUUUUUUUACAUUGUCUUAAUUCUAAACUGCUGUGCCUUAGUAGGUUUGAAAAAAAAGUGUAGGAAGUUACAUUGAAAAAUAUGCAUAUGCAUUUUAUAUACACAUUAUUAUAUAUUAUAUAUACAAAACUUCCUCACAUAUGUAAUUUACUUCUCCACGCCAGCCAUCGUCAUAGCGAAAAUAGAGAGCUUUAAUAGUGCAAGUUUGGAGAGAUGAAUGCAACUGGAACAGAGGAAUACUGAGGCGAUUGGAUUUUGUACUGUACUGUCCUGUGUUUUUUUUUUUUUUUGUGGAUUGUAGUUGCUUCCUUUCUGUACUGUGGUUGAGAUUGGAGACUACAAAAGAAAGCAAAAAAAAAAACACCGAAUGUUUAUUAAGUUAUGUGCUGAAAUAGAAGCCAAGUAAGAUUAUGAUCGGGAGUUGAAAUUAAAGCCUUGUUUUACUCAUAC